AAAGGUUGCCUCAUAGCCCGGGCCGUUCUCCGCAGCUCCGCGGCAUCAUGACGGUGGGCGCCCGACUCCGAAGCAAGGCGGCGAGCACCUUGGUGGGCCGGGGGCCCCUGGGGAGAUCGCGCCGCGCCGGUGACGAGGAGACAGAUGCCAUCGUCGAGCACCUGGAGGGAGAAGACGAGGACCCCGUGAGCCCCGACUGUGAGCGCGAAGAGGGCGGACGGCGCGCGGGGACCCCGAGCGCACGCAGGGUGCACCUGGCUGCGCUGCCCGAGCGCUACGAGUGCCUGGAGGAGCCCGCGCCAGGCGACAAGCCCAAGAAGAGGUACCGGCGAAAACUGAAGAAGUACGGCAAGAAUUUCGGCAAGGCCAUCAGCAAAGGAUGCCGGUACAUUGUCAUUGGCCUGCAAGGAUUUGCCGCAGCGUACUCCGCCCCAUUUGGAGUGGCCACCAGCGUGGUGUCCUUUGUGCGCUAACCAGAGCUGCAGGGGCAGGUGACACCAGAAUGCUUCUGCCCAGGGGACAGUGUGAAUCCACCAGCACUUCAGACCCAGACUCAUGGGAACUCAGAAGAGGAACCCUGCUUCGUGUGCUAUUGUUGGACUGGUUGACUUUGAGGCAGGAGCCGUCCCCGCUAACCCGCUGAGCCACUCUUCGGCUUGGGUGGAUCCAGGAGUCAAUUCUGCAGAGAAUUAGGCCAAUGCCAGGCUGGGGUUAGGAUUAGUUUGCUUCCUGUGGUAGUUAGAGCCUUCCGGGGAUACAUGCAGGCAGGCUAAUGGCAGGUCUGUGGACUGAGUCAUGCAGAGAGUGGGUGAAUUUGAGGGAGGAGGACCCAGACCUCUAAUGUGAUGGUUGCUAGUUUCUGAAAAGGUUAGGGAGCUGACAGCACUAGCCUUGGCCUUCCUUGAUCCUUUCACUGAAGACAGCGAGGGAGCUGUUUGCUCCAGAAGUCUAUCUCCCCCAUCUCUUUUUUUCCACUCAGUCAUUAAUUAUGGGUUUGGGAAGAAAGAAGGAAGGAAGCCAUCUUUAGAGACCAUGAUGCUUUGUACCUCCUGUUCACAGCUGUGUGGGGACAAUUGAAAGAAGAUCAAAGUGUAUCAUUUUCACCCAUCUAUGUAAGGAGGGAGGGAGGUCAGGGUCAGAAGCACACUGGGUGUCUGCAGCAGGCGCUUCGAGCUGGAACCAGGGCCAGCCAUUGUGUUCUGAGCUGGGACUCCUGCAGAUGUGGCCACAACAGUCACAACUUAGGCAAUAGCUGCCUAAGUCCCCACCCCCAUUUGAUUUAGGAGCGACAGAGAGAGACAGAGAGAGACAGAGAGAGACAGAGAGAGACAGAGAGAGACAGAGACAGACAGAGACAGACAGAGACAGAGAGAGACAGACAGAGAAACAGGCAGAGAAACAGAGUGACAGAAGAGAGAGACUCUGGAUGAGAACUGACUUGUAUAUUUAGAGGAGGAAUCAGUAAGUGAUAGGUAGGCAUGGCGAAAGAAGAAAAAGGCCAAGAAGGACAUUGGAAAAGCAAUGAAAGUUAGGAGCUACCAUGCAUGCUUGCAAUGGGGAUUUUCUCGGGAGGACUGAGCUAGGUGAGUGGGGGGGACCAGAGUCACCAUGGUGACUGAGUUCAUCCCUUUUAGGCCUGCAUGUCACUUGGAUUCAAAGAUUAAUGGAGGCAAGAGUCCCAGGUUUGACGCACACCGAGGAUGGUAGACUACCAUGGAAUGCUGGGAGAGGUGGAGAAGAAACCCUUAAAGUUGUACUGGUGUGUGCCACAACUGUUUUUAAAGUACCUCACAGAGAGGUUCUUCUCUCUAUGAUCAUUGGCUAACCCCAACAGCAGGCCAGGAUUCCAACUUUGCUUUUAGAAUAUUCAAGAUCCACUUGAAUCAGACUGUUGGUCUGUUGGUCUGAGGCUUCCCGGGCCAACAUACCUCACUCAUUGAGUCUGACCAUUAGGCACUGGUGGGUGGGUGGGGUGGGAAGAUGGACAGAGGAACAGGCAGAGAGGACAGUGACAGUUGCCCAUUUAGAUCCAGUCCUGCUCUGAAGGCUCCUGCUGAAUAUGCCCGGUACCUAGAGCUGCAGGUUCUCACUUGUGACAGAGUGAUGCUUGCUGGAGAGCCCUAGGAUGGGAAAUGGAAAGGUUAAUAGGAGAAGGGGCCAUAUGCAGUUAGCUGCAAAGAGGCAGAAAUGAGAGGCUUUGCAGCACACCCCCCUGCCAGGGCACCCCAGGGAGCCUACAGCUAAGCCCCAAGGAGCUCCCUGCCUUGGGCAGAAUGCUGUUGGCUCCUUGGGGACCUGUCAACAUGGCUUCCUUCCCUGGGAGUCUCUUCCUCUCCACCUCCCAAAUUGUAAAAGCAGCCAAAUAAAGCACAUCUGGCUAGUGUCUCUCAAAAUCUGGCUAAGAAUUAACUCAAAAUGUCCAAAGUCAAAAGUUAUCACGUGCUGUCCUGGUACUAAGCCAGGUUUGCUGCAAGGUGGACUUCAGCCCCUGGAGCAGGGUGUGUGGUCACAUCCCCCGAGUGGGACUCUCAGUUCUGUGAGCCCGGAUCUUGGUUGUUUUGCUGGUUAUUCUCUUGGGUUCAGCAGCAGGGCCCACACCCCACUGCAGCUGAGUUUAAGAGCUUAGCUUUCUCAUUACUGGCUUUCAAACCCUUCCUCUGUAUCCCUCCCUUGCCUUUGGUGUAAAUAAAAGCCCCAGCUUGUCUGGUUUUGCUAUGUA